GAAGGGCGAAGCGAGUUGAACGCGCGCGGGCUUCAAAAAGGGCAGAACUGCCAAGAGACAAAAAAGGAAGAGAGGGGAAAGAGAGAGAGGGCCCAGCCUCCGAAGGCGUGGACAAAGCAACGCAGAAGUUGCUCCCUUCUUUCUUUUGGAGAAGGUUAACCCGCCGGGGACACUUGGUGGAAGAGCAGCGCCGGCGAAGGGGGGAACGCGGAGCGCCCCGAGCUACAGUCCUUCCACCCCCCCCCCCAACCCCGAUCGUCGGAAGGAGUUGCCAACGGAGGUUCGCGGCCCUCCGCCUCCGCUCGCUCGGCCGCCGAAGGCGCCUUUCCCUGCCGCUUUGUAGCAAAGACCCUCGGCCGGAGAUCGGCGGCGGUGGCUCCAUGGAUCGGCUGGGCCGGACCGCGCUGCUUUGCGCUCUGCUCGUUCUUCUCCUCCUCCCGCGGCCUCGGACUCUCGCUGAAGAGGAGCCGUCCUGCGGGUCCGCUUUCGACCUCUACUUCGUGCUGGACAAAUCAGGGAGCGUAACAACACACUGGUCAGAAAUUGUUGAAUUUGUGAAGCAGCUAACAGAAAGAUUUGUGAGCCCUCGGAUGAGAAUAUCCUUCAUAGUGUUUUCCAUGCAAGCAACUGUGGUUCUGCCAUUAACACAAGAUAGGCAAAAAAUUCAGAGAGGCAUUGAAGAUUUACAAAACGUUAAGCCAGGAGGUGAAACGUAUAUGCACGAAGGACUAGAAAAAGCAAAUGAUCAGAUUGCAAAAGCAAAAGGGUCCAGUAGUGUAAUCAUUGCCUUGACAGAUGGAAAGUUGGAAGGCUUGAUUCCACUGUAUGCGGAAAAAGAGGCAAAAAAUGCCAGGUCCAUGGGAGCUAGAGUUUAUUGCGUUGGAGUCCUCAAUUUUAAUCAAGAACAGCUUGAAAGCAUUGCUGAUUCAAAGGAUCAAGUCUUCCCAGUAAGAGAAGGAUUUCAAGCUCUCCGAGGGAUAAUUAAUUCUAUACUGAAGCAAUCAUGCACGGAAAUUUUAAAUCUGGAACCCUCAAGCGUUUGUGUAGGAGAGGAAUUUCAAGUAGUUCUAAGUGGAACAGGAUUCACGUUGGGUAGGACAUCAGAGAGUGUCGUCUGCAGUUACAUGCUAAAUGGAUCAACCAUAAAUGUAAAACCCGAAAAAGUGGAAACCAAUUUCAUGCUGUGUCCAGCACCUGCUCUUCAUGAAGUUGGACAAACUAUGGAUGUCUUCGUUAGUUUGAAUCAAGGGCAAUCGCUCAUUUCCAGCUCUUUAACCAUUACGGCAACAGAAUGUACAAAUGGCAUUGUGGCACUGAUAAUUAUCCUCAUUUUGUUACUGUUGCUGGGGAUUGCUGCUCUAUGGUGGUUUUGGCCUCUGUGUUGCAAAGUGGUUAUUAAGGAUCCUCCUCGGCUACAGCCUACAGCUCCAAUAGAGGAGGAAGAAGAUCCUUUGCCUUCCAAAAAAUGGCCGACAGUGGACGCUUCCUACUAUGGUGGACGAGGAGUUGGUGGCAUUAAAAGGAUGGAGGUCCGUUGGGGUGACAAAGGGUCAACUGAGGAAGGAGCCCGGCUAGAGAAAGCAAAGAAUGCAGUGGUGAAACUCCCUGAGGAAGUAGAUGAGCCAGUUCUACCUAGAGCACCGAAAUCAAAGCCUACCUCAUCGCCCUCCCAGGAAAAAUGGUACACUCCUAUCAAGGGUCGACUUGAUGCCCUUUGGGCUUUGCUAAGGCGGCAGUACGACAGAGUGUCUUUGAUGCGACCGCAGCAAGGAGAUGAGGGCCGGUGCAUAAACUUUACCAGAGAGCAAUCUCAGUAAAACAAGAAGAGGAAAAAAAGAAAAGAAAAGCCAUUGUAUUUUUUUAUUAUAACCAAAUGAAGACACUGAGUGAAGCACUUAUGAAGACCCUCGGAAUAAUUCCUGGCCCCUAGCUAGGACGUUUAUUCCAUUUGGCUGUGCAAAAGUCAUCCAUCGCCACGUAAAGCUUUUCCAUUUGCCAUUAUCUUUCAGCUCACUGCUUCAUACAGUAUUCCUUACAGUAUUAUCCACUCUGCAAGUGGCCACGUGAAGAAGUUUGGCGUUGUGUGUCUAGUUUUCCACAGCAAAUCCAGCAUAGGAAACCACGAACAAGUGCCUGAUCAGGUGGGCCUUUUGUGAUUUUAACACCCAUGCCUUGGUGGGCCUCUUCCCUGCAGUGGUCUUGUUUUAUGGGCACGAAGAAUGGAACUUAUUAUUUAAAUAUGAAUGUAUUUACCACAAGGAGGAGAGCAACAUUCCCACCGGGCUGGAAAAAAAAAAACAUGGAAGGAGUCCAUUGCCCUACAGCGGUGUCAUCUCAUGGAAAUCUUUGCGUCUCAGUCCUCAUUCCCCUGCUCUGCCGCCCGGUUAAAUUGUGCCUUACGGGAAACCACUGACUAAAAAUCUUGUCACUUUGACGCUGUGCAGUACGCAUGUACAACCCAAUGUAGUCGUGGUGCCUCAAGGUAUUGGUGGCGAGCAAAAACUUUGCCCUCCAGUUUCCGGAGACACCUUUCUUGUACAUGAUGUACCCGGGACAAGAAGAAAAAUUAAUAGAGCGUUAUUCUCCAGGAAGACCGCCUGCAACCAAAGGUCUUGAGUGGAGAUUGAGGGAGCUGAGGCGUCGAGGGUCGUGCAGUGCGCCUAAUUGUGUAUCUUCCCCUUUUCUGCACUUGGUGCUCAGUAGCGCAUAAAAACAUUGUCCUUUGUAAACAUACGUAGUAAUUCUGGGCUUAUGGAUUAUUGUAACAGGAAGAAGAAAAGAGAAAAAAAAAACAGCCACCACAAAGCUGGCAUCUCAGGGUCUUUCUCUCUUUCUCUCUCCGUCUCUUUCUAUCUUUUCUCUUCCCUCCGCCUCAACCAUCACCGAACCCUCCAAGGGCUCUUCAGCGUCACAAACCAGCAACUCUCUCUUUGCCUGAGAAUUUCAAAGUUUAAUUAAUAUAAUUAAAGGCAACAGCAAGCAGCAGCCUG